UACGACCCGGCGUUCUACCGGUGCUGCCUGGAGAAGCGGCCGCCCCACGCCUCGCAGGACGACCAAGAGGUGACAGCCUUCCUGUGGUCGUCACCUCCAGAAGCCAUUGAACGCUUUAAAUCUCAAGAAAUAUGGUUUGCUCCACCUCAGUUCUAUGAAUUGUGUAGGCUGUGCAACUUCUCUUCACUUCAUGAGUUACACAAGUUCAGCUCUGAUCGAGCUCUAGAGGGAUGUGAACGUUGGAUGUCUGUGGUGUUAACUGCUUCAGAUGGCUACAUUCAGCUAUUGCCAGGAGAUGAGUUAUAUCCAGAAGAUCCAGAUUAUACAGGAGAAAAGAAAAUAAUCAUGUCAACAGAUAAGAAGGUUGAAGAUCUCAUGAAAGAGGGUAGUGUAUUUCACAGGAUAGUAAUAAAAAACAUCAACGAUUUUGCUGUCUAUGUUAAUAUUCAAGCAAAAUAUAAACAUAUGAAUCCAUUGAUGAUAAACUCUGAUUGUCCAGAUUACAAUAGCAGAUUAUAG